UUCGUUCCUUGUAUAGCAGGCAACCACGCUUUAGUUGGGGUUUCUUGUUAUCCCAGAAACCCUUAUAAAACAGAAGUCUACAAGUCUUCCCAAUUCCUCAAUUCUAUCUUUCUAGACUUUGGAUCGUUCUGAAAUUCCCAUCUUUGCUGUCGGUUCGAAUAGCGGAAAUAUCGAUAUGGCCAAAAGCUCCUUCAAGCUCGAACAUCCUCUGGAAAGGAGGCAGGCGGAAGCAGCUCGUAUAAGAGAGAAGUAUCCUGACAGAAUACCAGUGAUUGUGGAGAAGGCUGAAAAGUCCGACAUACCAGACAUUGAUAAGAAGAAGUAUCUUGUCCCUGCAGACCUGACUGUUGGGCAGUUUGUUUAUGUCGUUCGGAAGAGGAUCAAGGUGAACUCUGAGAAGGCCAUUUUCAUAUUUGUCAAGAAUGUUUUGCCCCCCACUGCUGCCAUAAUGUCUGCAGUAUAUGAGGAUAACAAGGACGAAGAUGGUUUUCUGUACAUGACUUACAGUGGCGAGAAUACAUUUGGGAACCGUCUGCAAGCCCCCCUUGGAUGCAAUAUGCAUUGGAAAUAAAAAGACAUGAAAAGGUGUAUAUUCUCACAUGCUCUUAUUCUUCUUAAACUGCCAGAGGACGAUACACCUGUCUUCUUAAUUUGCUAAUUUGAACCAACAACCCUGGAUUGCUUUUUGUUACUAAGAAUUAUGGUGAAGCUUUCACUUGGUUUCAGAAAAAUGAGGACAAAAUGUUUAUAGCCUUUAUAGUGGUGGUAAGCAUGUUGUUUAAGGCA